UGUGAACUUCCUAGUUGAGUUGUUGAGCCGUCUUUAACCAACAUCAACAAAGCCCGAGGCAGAGUUCAGCGGCUAAUGCGACGUGUAGCUGGGGAAAGCCCCGCUCGGUUCCGGUAGAAAAACAUUAAAAAGUCCCUCUCUAGCCGCCAUAGUGUCCUAGUUUUCUUCUCUUAGGUUCGCGCGGAGUGUUUCUGGAUGUUAUAAUGACUUUUUACAGAGUUUUUGUACCGAUAUGUUGUGUGUUUGUGUCCGCGGUGGAGGAUGUCCUCACACUCACCACCGGCGGCGGCACCGUGGCGCCCGGUACCGCGGUGACGAACUCCUCCGGCGGGGCGAACACCACACACAGCGGCGGCGGAGGUCGGAUGCUUAACGGCCUAAAUGUGGACAGCUCGAUGAUCCAGAGGGCCCUGUACGUGUUGAUCGCCAUCACCAUGAUUGGAGUUCUUUACUUCCUCAUCCGAGCUGUGCGGAUGAAGAGGCCCGCCCCCAAGAAGAAGUACGGUCUGCUGGCGAACUCAGAGGACUCAGUGGAGAUGGAGGGGGGGGAGAGUGACGAGGACGACACGCUGUAUGAAGCUCGCAGCCUCCGCAGAUGAGUCGCCGUGUGUUCACCAGACGGAUCAGACGAGUCAUGUGUUCCUCGUCACAUGAUCUACUAUUGAUCAGAGAGAGAGAGAGAGACUGACCAAAGACUGCAGGAGGAGGAGGAGGAGGAGGAGGAGGAGGAGAAUAAACGGACCAAACACUUAUUGAUGCCAAAGCUGCUCGACAACCUCAGCAGGAUUAAAAAAAACAAUCAUUAUUUUCUUAAGGUGGUAUUGGAUGAUUGAAUAGAGUUUGUGGAGAAGCAGACGUGAAGGAUCUGUGGAUCAUUUUGAUAAUUCCUCUGUUGUUAUUAUUAUUAUUAUUAUAAUUAUAAUUAUAAUUAUCUCUUGUUCUGAGAAGUUUCCUUUUCUUUCUGUGCUUAAACUACUGCAAACUGACUCCAGACCAGCUGAUAAACCUGCAGACAUUUGGACUUCUUAGUGUCCAUUUCAUUUAAUUUCAAGCUAAAACAUUAAUGGGUGUUUCCGGUGUUUUUUGCCGUGUAUGUGCCUGAAUCAUCUCAGACACUCUGACACAGAGUAAACACAGAGAGGAGCCAUGUUGGCUCGCUGCAGACGACCGGCUGCUGUUUGUUAACACGCGGGAGGCUGUGAAUGUGUGUUCAUGGCAGAGAAGUUAGCCAACAAGUGCUGCAAGAUACACAAUAUUCAUCUUUUCAUUAAAGUGUUACUUCUGUAUUUUUCAA